UACAAGACGGAACGGAACGGAACGCGAGUCACCCAAACAUUUCAUGCAUAUAAGCAAUAUUCGCAUUGCUGCUGCACUCAACGCUCAACGCAAGUCGUGCUAUUUCAGAACCGUAACAUUGCUGCUCUGUGUGUGUGCGUGUUUCUGUUUCUGUUUCGGUCAGUGUUGGUGUGCCGCAUCAGUUUUCUGUUUGGCUUCUUUUAAUCAUUUGCCGCCUUUAUACAUAUGUAUGUGUGUCGCUCUUCUCUGUUAUGGCCGCUGUAAUACAUAUCUGUCACUUGAUGGUGCAACAAAGUUCGUGUUAACGUACGUAGACAACGCAUACGUACGCUCGCUCGCACGUAUAUACCUUUAUUUCUACUGCCGAAGAUUAAGAUUAAGAUGAAUCUGUGCGGUUCAUUAAGCCGCGAACUCUUCCUCGAAGUUAACCGCAAGACUUAAAUAAAUAUAUAUUUUAGUAAUAUGAUAAGUAAACUGAAUUGCACCGAAGGCAAUAGACAAAACAGACAAAGCGAGAGCAGAAAAAAGUAAGUGCCAAGAUACGUAGGCAGGCACACACCCGGCCGUAGUUGAAGGACGGACAACGCAUUUUCCGGCGGCAAGUAUGGCCGCAUCAAAUUACGUUACGCGGGGCAUCAGACAACAUACUCGUACUACAUGGCACUAAAACAAGGCCCAAGGCAAAAGCAAACACUCAUGCAUGUGGCAUGACUACGACUACGAUUACGACUACGACUAGAAGCGAGUUGUGUGUGGAGCUGCAAUUAAGACAGACCGUGCCGGAGGCCGAUGACAAUAGGUGCGCCCCAUCGUCCUCGUCGUCGGCGUCGUCAUCGUCGACCUGUUAGUGCUCUUCAAGUUAUUCAACAUCCACGCCACGCCACUCCACGCCACGUUGCGCCACGCCACACCACGCUACACCACGCUACACCACGGUCAUAGGUUAGCCCCUGUCCGGGCUAAGCCAGCCAAACAGCCAAAUCCGAAGCCAACAUGUUGCGCAGCUGCGUCUGCCUGCAAAGAGCUGGUGGCGGCGGUGGCAAGCGACGCAGCUCCUCCGUGGAAGACGCCUCGUCGUGUCGCUCGUCGGAAAUAGAGCGUGUCGGUGCCAGCAUGCAGACAACCACACUGGGCUCCAAUGGCCAGCCACAAACGCUCGCUCCUCAGCCAAAUACGCGCGCAUCCAGUCUGCUGCAACUGUUCCACAGGAAAGGUUGGUGCAAGCACUUCCGCAAACCGCUCCGAGGCAUGAGUGCAACGCGAGUCGAGAAAUCUAUCCGUGCGGCAAUAUUCAUCCAAAAAUGGUUUCGCCGACAUCAAGCGCGACAGGAGAUGCGGAAGCGUUGUAAUUGGCAAAUAUUUCAAAAUGUGGAAUAUGCCUGUGAACAGGAUCAGGCGGAGCUUUACAAAUUCUUCAAUGACCUUAUCAAGCACAUGCCCCAGGCCGUCGAGGCGGGAAAUAAGUGUAACUCACAACGAUGUUCUGGCUUGGAGAAAAGUGGUACCUUGUACGAGGAAAGCGGCGACUUGGCACGCAUAGAGCUGGAAGUACCCAUCCAGAAAAGCCACAUAGAUCUCAUGAUAGAUGUGUUCCGCAAGAAAAGGGGCAACCGUCUGCAUCCCAAAUAUGUGUGUCUGAUACUGCGGGAGGCUGCAAAGUCGCUCAAGCAGAUGCCGAACCUUUGGAUGGUGUCGACUGCUGUCUCCCAACAGGUAACCAUUUGUGGUGAUCUGCAUGGCAAGCUGGACGAUCUGCUGGUUGUACUCUAUAAGAAUGGUCUGCCGUCCGCUAGCAAUCCUUAUGUCUUCAAUGGCGACUUUGUCGAUAGAGGCAAAAGGGGGCUGGAGGUGUUUCUGCUGCUGCUAUCGCUGUACCUGGCAUUCCCUAAUGCAGUCUUCCUGAAUCGUGGCAAUCACGAAGACAGUGUUAUGAAUGCCCGAUACGGCUUCAUACGCGAAGUGGAAGGAAAAUAUCCUCGAAAUCACAAGUAUUUGCUGUCGCUAAUCGAUGAGGUUUAUCGCUGGCUUCCACUAGGCUCUAUUUUAAACAAUCGCGUGCUCAUUGUCCACGGUGGCUUCUCGGAUAGCACCAACCUGGACCUCAUCAAAAGCAUCGACAGGGGAAAGUAUGUUUCCAUUCUACGUCCGCCGCUAAUGGACGGCGAGGCUCUGGACAAGGCAGAGUGGCAGCAGAUUUUCGAUGUCAUGUGGAGCGAUCCGCAGGCCUCGCAAGGCUGUAAGCCGAACCAGUUACGUGGCGCCGGUGUUUGGUUUGGUCCAGAUACAACCGAAUCAUUUUUGAAGCGCCAUCGACUCAGUUACGUGAUCCGCUCGCACGAAUGCAAGCCGAAUGGACACGAGUUCAUGCAUGACAACAAGGUCAUCACGAUAUUCUCUGCUUCAAACUACUAUGCCAUCGGCUCCAACAAGGGCGCUUACAUGCGUCUGAAUAAUCAGCUGGUGCCGCACUUUGUCCAAUACAUUUCGGCUGCCUCGCAGACCAAGGAGCUGUCCUUCAAGCAGCGCAUGGGCAUUGUGGAGUGCGCGGCCUUAAAGGAAUUGGCUGUGCGAAUGCGCGAGCAUCGGGAUGAGCUGGAGGAGGAGUUUCAGAAGUACGAUCCAGAUGACAGCGGCUGCAUAACCAUUGCCAAAUGGUGCUUUGUCAUGGAAAGUGUCACCAAGUUGGGCUUACCCUGGCGAUUGCUGCGCGAAAAACUGGCCCCAGGCACGGAUAGCCAAAGUGUAAACUAUAUCCGCACAUUGGAUUUGCUGGACACGGAUGUUAUUAUGAAAGCUGAGGCUGACGGCACCUCGGUUAUGGACGCUUUGUAUGCCAACAAAGCCAGUUUGGAAACCAUAUUCAAUAUUAUAGAUGCUGAUCAUUCAGGCGAGAUCACUCUGGAUGAGUUCGAGAAGGCGAUUGAUCUGCUGGUUACCCAUAUGCCUGGCGUUUACUCAAAAGAUGAGAUGUUGGAAAAGUGCCGUAUGAUGGAUCUCAAUGGUGAUGGCAAGGUGGAUCUGAACGAGUUCCUAGAGGCAUUUAGGCUAAGUGACUUGCACAGAAAGGAACAGCAGGAAGAAUAUCUACGCAAGCGUUCAACAACCAAAUCCAUUAUAUCGCAGCAUCCCUCAGACUCCGUGACAAAGCUCGCUGAUACGAUAUCCAAAAAUACGGUGAUCAUUGAGCGGGAUAUCGAUCCGACUGACUGUGAGGCGAAAGACGUUGAGCAAAAGUCAUAAAUGUUAUAAGGAUUGAGUAGUACAAUAUAUGCAAUUAUUUCUCAAAAUUAUAAGAAGUCAGAUUUAACAUAUUGACACUAAAAUUAUGAUAGGAACAAAGAUUAAGUUAUAUAAAAAGAAAUUCCGAAUCGCUUUUAAGACCAAGCCGAAAUAAAUUUAAAUUUGUCUUCAGCUGGUUUUAACCGUCAACACUUUCAAGGCUUGCUUAAAAUAUUCCAUAAAGCGUAUUUACUAUUGAUUGGCUUAUUUUUUGCACAAAUGUUCAACUAAAUUUCGUGGUAUAUAGCAUACAUAUAUAUAUAUCUUAAAUUUGAAAGGCAAUUAUAGGGGCUGUCGAUCGAGGAAAGUGUUUGUUGGUGAUUAACAGAAAUGAGAAAAUGUUUAUAUAUAUAUAUCCAUUACAAAAUAUAUUAUAUCUAGCCUUAAGCUCCAUUUACCUCUGCUUAUAUAUAUUUCCAAAGCAUAAGUCGAAGGCAAGCUAAAAGUUGGCCAAUGGGCCAUAUCAUUCCCAGCCUUUGGUUUCCUCUCAAUUGCAUUCAAUUACAAUUAGCAAUAAGUAAAACGAAGGAUUAUAAGUAAUCAUAAAUGAUUUAUGGAUUUUAAGAACUGCUUUUAACUAAAAUAUAUUUUAUUUUUUAGCUACCCAAAGUACAAACGAUAUAUAAAGUCAUAGAUAACAGCAAUUUAUAUAUGAAACAGCGGUACUCGAAUAUGUAAGAAUUGCAUAAGGAAACCAAUUGCUAGCACGUUUUACUACAUGAAUAUAAUAUAAAUAUCGCAAUUGUUUAAACAUAUUGUUCAAGCCAAGGGAUCAAAAUCUAACAUU